AUGUCUAUUGGAUAUUACCUUACUUCUGCUAUCUUUGGAACAUUUGUCUUUUUGGCUAAUGGAGCUAAAAAUCUUGAUGAUUUAAAAAAAACAGUAGAUGAUGCUCAAACAAUUGAGGGAGGAUCUAAAUGGUGUCCAAUUCCACUUACAGGAAAAGAAUGCCCACCAAGUUCAAUUUUCCAUUACUACAAAUGUUGUGGAACCCUAAUGACAGACUGUUGUUUUAAUCUCCAAAAUUGGCUUAUCAUUACUUUAAUUGUCCUUGCAGCAAUAACUGUAAUUGGAAUCGUUAUGUCAAUUGUUUCAUGGCUUUUCUGCAGAAAAUAA